AUGGCUUGGUAUGAGACAAUUCUACCAUCAUGGCGGUCGCCAUCGACGUUGACACAGUCGAUUUUAAUAUCUAUCUUAGGAUUAGUUGCUUAUUUCUCGUAUAAAAUCUAUUUUAUUCCUAAGCGUUCACUUAAACGCUUGGGAAUAAAACAUCCGUCUCGUUCUACGCCAUUUUUUGGUAAUCUUCUGGACUAUGGUGCUACAAGCGCUCAUAUAGCUCAAAUGGAAUGGCAAAAGCAAUUCGGUAAUGUCUACGCAACACUUUUCUUCCAUGUUCCAACGAUUUGGGUGGGCGAUCCUGAAGUGCUGAAAUCUGUUUUAGUCAAAGAUUUUAGCAAUUUUGCUAAUCGUAAGCAAUUAUCCAAGUCGCCACGUCCAUUUAACACCACAUUAUUAGAGUUAAGAGACAUGAAUUGGAAACGUGUUCGCAAUAUUUUGGUACCGGCAUUUAGUGCUUCCAAGUUAAAAGCGGUUAUUCCUAUUAUUCAACAAGGGAGCGAUGAAUUUGUUGAAAAAUUACUCCUAUCCGAAGAGAGCAAUCAAAAAUUGGAUAUCUGGCAUACGAGUGGCCAGUUUAGUAUGAAAAUUAUUCUUGCAGCUGGUUUUGGUAUCGAAUUUGAAUCACAUGAACAAGAAGAACGUUUAAUAGCUGCUGCUGGAGCAUUGUUUCGUGAUUUUACUGGACCAUCCCAAUUGCUUGUAGUACUUUCUCCAACUUUAUUCGAUCGUCUCGAACCUUUAAUAGGCAAUGUUGUCAAUUCAAUCAAGUAUAUUACUCGUAUAACUGAAAAUGUUAUUCAACAACGUCGACAGAAUCUACAAAAUGGUAUAAAAUGUCGGAAAGACAUUAUGCAACAAAUGAUUGAAGCAGGCGAAGAUGAUAAAUUGAACGAUGAAGAAAUUAUUGGACAAGCAUUUCUGUUUCUGAUUGCUGGCUAUGAAACUACGCAGAAUACAUUAGCUUUUGCUUGUUAUUCACUUGCUACUAAUCCCGAUGUUCAACAAAAAUUGAUUGAUGAGAUCGAUAGUAAAUGCCCUGAUCCAAAUGAUUUGAAUUAUGAUGUCAUUGGCGAAUUGCCUUACUUAGAAAUGGUCGUUGAAGAAACAUUACGAAUGUAUCCUCCAACUUAUUUUGUCAAUCGCGAUGUUAAAUCUAACAUCACCGUUAAAGGUUUCCACAUUCCAAAAGAUACUAUGAUAGGACUUCCGAUUUAUAGCAUACAUCACAACUCGGAGUUUUGGCCUAAUCAUGAACAGUUUAUACCUGAACGUUUUACUCCUGAAGAGAAAGCGAAAAGAAACCCUUAUAGUUAUAUUCCUUUUGGCGGUGGUCCACGAAAUUGUAUUGGCAUGAGACUAGCAUUAUUAGAGAUCAAAUUAGCUUUAGUUAAAAUAAUUCAAAAUGUUGAAUUUUAUGCUACUAAGGAAACGGAAAUACCUCUACAAUUAAAGACCGGCGUAUCAUUAUGUCCUGCUAACGGAAUUUACUUAGGCAUUCGUAGGAGGCAUUAG